AUGGCGCUUUCAGCAGGUCCGGGGAUGCUGGUUCCUACAGCUUCAGCGCAAGUAGCGCCAGCAACCCCCCAGCCAUUUCCGGCUGCAGACACCGGUUCGCCUCCUCGCCAAGCGCCAAUCGAUCUCCCAGAUCCAAUCCUCGAGGGUGACGAGACGGAAAGCGAGGGCCCCAUUGAGCCAGUUACACCCACGAGCGGCCGCCAAUCGCAGGAUUUUACCUCGUUGAGGAAUGCGCAUGACCAGGAUCAGGACGACCGCAGCAGUUUCAACAUACAUCGACCUUCUUUUCAAGAACUUCCCCCACCAGCGCAACGCUCAGGUCGGCUUUCAACUUCCAGCAUCAAGAUCACAAUGACCAAUUUCUUUCGCCGCCCCGGCGCACAGGACGCCCCGGUCUUUGAAUCCGGAUCGCCUACGCCCUCGGAAUCUUCCUAUCUGCACCGGCCCCCCACCAGCGGCGCUCGCCCAGCUACACGCUCAAGUCGCUUCUCAUUUACACGGCCGUCUAACACGACUAUUCGAUCUAAUUCUCCCCCAUCUCCCGGGGCGCCACCUCUCGAAAUGGUGCAGGCGGAUAAGCAGUCUCUUGUUGACGAGACGGAGCUCAAGAAGAAGAAUCGUGCAUCGACCGGAUUCAGCCUGCGGGGCCGAGCCGUCAACUUUGUCGGCACAACUGUCGGCCGCACUGCUGGGCGCCCUCCUAACAAAGGAUCACGCCGUGCCAACAGUUUUGAUGCUGGAAGCCGUGGGCCUCUUCCUCACCCGCAUGCCAAGAUAAAUGCCGGCGAUCAGACGUAUCCCCCUGAGCGACAACCCUGGGCGAUGCCCCCGGAUGCGGGAACCGGCGCCAAGGCACGUCGCAUGAGUUUGAGCCUGCCGGAUGAUUUCAAUGUGGAUGUCGCUGUGCUACAGGAUGAGUUUGAGUACCAGAGCAAGCUUUUGGGCCGGCACGGCAAGCAUCUUGGAAAGGGCGCCGCUUCCAAAGUUUCUCUCAUGGUGCGCAAGGGCUUCCCCACCGAAAUGUAUGCCGUCAAGGAGUUCCGAGGCAAGUCGGGCCGGGAGAGCAAGGAGGACUACGAUAAGAAGAUCAAGUCAGAAUUCAGUAUCGGCAAGAGCCUACACCAUCCUAAUAUUGUCGAGACUAUCCGCCUCUGCACGGAUCACGGACGCUGGAACCACGUCAUGGAAUACUGCUCCGAAGGUGACCUGUUUAGCCUUGUGCAGAAGGGCCACCUGAAAGGGGAUGCUAAGCUCAAGGACCGCCUGUGCCUCUUCAAGCAGCUCAUCCAAGGCGUCAACUACCUGCAUGCCAACGGCAUCGCCCAUCGUGACAUCAAGCUCGAGAACCUGCUCAUCACAAAGGAUAGCAAGUUGAAAAUUACUGAUUUUGGUGUUUCCGAAGUCUUCUGCGGCACACAUCCAGGCCUUCGUGAAUCCGGCGGCCAAUGUGGUAAGAACAUGGGCGAGAUCCGGCUCUGCCGCCCGGGUAUCUGUGGCAGCGAGCCCUAUAUUGCGCCGGAAGUGCUCUUGAAGAAUGCAGAUUACGACCCACGAGCUUUGGACGUGUGGAGUGCAGCCAUUGUUAUGAUCUACAUGACUUUUGGCGGUGCCAUCUGGUCCAGGGCUGAAGCCGGCAACCUUCACUACGACAAGCUAGUAACGGGCUGGAGCAAGUGGAACAAGAAGCACGAGGACGAAAAGGACGCCGCCAUCACAGACACGGACUAUCCCAACUGCUACGCUCUUGAUGUCGGCGUUAACCCUCCAGCCCUGCGACGCAUUCUGCUGCAGAUGCUCAACCCUGAUCCUGACAGCCGCAUCAGCAUCUACGAGGUUAUCACCAAUCGAUGGGUCAAAAAUAUCGAGUGCUGCCAACUCGAGUCGUACGACGAUCCCAAGCACAUCAUUGAUGUGACCAAGAAGGAUUACGGCGGCAAGAGCGGCAGCAAGAUCUUUUGCCAUAACCAUCUUCCACCAAAGACUCACGGCUCUCACUCGUUGGGCAAGAUGCCCGGCCAAGCUGGCUAUUAA